UCUGGUCAAACUUAGCACAACAGUGGCACAAUGAGUAGCAAUCCGUGUACUUCUCAGUACUAUCUUUCAAUUUACGAAGCGUUUUGUAAUAUCCCCGUUCCAGACGAUCCGUUUAGUUUGUUAAUCCCAACGGAAGACGAAGAGCAGUGUGAAGCAGACUCGCUCGAUAUACUUGAUGGACUGGAUGAUCUGACCGAGCUGGGUGAUUAUGUGCUAGACUUAAUAGAUGCGGACAACAACGAACCCACAUCGCGGACACCCGUUUCAAACCCUGAGAUUGAUAAAGGCUAUCACUCUUUUUCGGAGGAUCCAUCAUGGGAAACUGAAUACUUUCCACCGUGUACUGCUGAUAACAAGCAACCAUUGCGUAUUUCACUCGGUGUGGAAGAACGUAAGCUGCCCGAGUGGUUAGUACGGGCGGAAGUCUUCGACGAUACGACACAUCACCUGUGCACUGUUGAAGUACAGGAUUUAAAUGCAAAACGACUGAAGCUGCUGUGUAUGCACGUAGCCGAGAAGGUACCGGGUUGUCCGAACGCACCGAAGACCUCAAAACAGGACGAGGAUUCGGCAAGCAAAAGCUUAAAAGAAAAUACCAUCCCGAAGGUGUUGCGCGUUGUACAGCCUAACCAACCAACUGCUAUGAAGAAUUCUAGCAAGCAGCAGCCCCCAAACGCCUCUAAAGCGGGUGGUGUUAAGCUAGUGAGCGAAAAACUGUGGGACCACUUUCACAAGUUAUCCAAAAUUAAUGUCCCAGUGUUGGGAAGUUCUGUGCAGGGUAGUUCGAACGCGCCAUUAAAAUCUCGUCGAAAGCAAACACUGCUGCCGCAAGUGAAUGCUUUCGUGCCAGCGAAAGUAAAACUGGAAGCUGUUGCAAACGAAGCAAUUCCAGAAGAGCCCGGCCCCGUUGUUUCCAGCAAGUCCACCAUACAGCUGACAGAUGACGGAGAAGAGCUUGCAGAACAAUCAUCGGUUCUCAGCGUCGAGGAUUUAAGCGAGGAAGCUAGUGAUGUAUUUAAAAAUCAACAAAAUUUCAGAAGCGGCACGAAGAAGGUGUUGCAAAAACUUAAGAGCGAUCACAAAGUCUACGGCAAGGUUCCGCUUGACCAGAAAAUGCUGCAAAAACUGAAAGGCAACCAAAAAACUUGCGGCAAGGUAUCACUUGACCCGAAAAGCCGUAAAUUUUCCAAGAGCUAUGGUCGACCCGGGUUCUCCACUCACCGACACGACUAUAGCUAGAUACACUGAGCAGCUUCAACAUGUUAAUUGUAAAUUGAUUUUAACUGUAAUACGCUAGUUAGUUAAAUAUUAUAGUACUUAGCAGGUUUUAUUUGCGUUACCUCUCAACCCACUGUCUGGAACGAUGAUGGCACAUGUAAUGGAUAUGCGGAAAUGUUGGGGCUAAACAAACCAUCGCGCUUCCCUAAGUUUAACAGCGUUGUCUGCCAGCCUUUUUAGUACACCCAGUCCCAUUUGCUGUGGUGCUUUCCCUCAAACACGUCCAGUCCAGUGUAGCGAGGGUUAACCUUGCGCACGAAAAUGCGCCGAUUGCCGAUCGGUUGUAAUGCCCGGUAGUUGUCGACCAUCGGUGAUCCGUGGAUGCCGGUGUCCAGCUAAAAUAAGAUAAACCAAAGAAUCCAUCAAUUACACCGAUCCACCAUCGAAGCAUGGCAGCACCGCCAGGGACACCUACCGUUCGAAACCGUUUCAUCUGGUUAACCGAAAGCUCGAGAAGAUCGGGAAAGACAACCCACGUGACGGCCUCCGAGCAGGGCGGUGUCGUAAGCGAACCCUUGUACGUGUAGAAACGGGUCAUAUCGAUCCCGUCGAUGAGCGACUGCAGCGUGAACGUGUGGUUCAGCUGGAUCGUGUGGUCGUAGUCGACGAUGUGACCAAACGAGCGUACCAGUGUGUUGAUGCCGGGCGCAUCAUGCUCGGUGACCUGGUAGAAAAAG